AUGAAGCAGAAAGGAGUUCAUCUGGACAGAAAAACCUUCUCUUGUUCCAUCUGUCUGGAUGUACUGAAGGAUCCUGUGACUAUUCCCUGUGGACACAGCUACUGCAUGAACUGUAUUAAAACCCACUGGGAUGGAGAAGACCAGAAGGGAAUCUACAGCUGCCCUCAGUGCAGGAAGACUUUCAUACCGAGGCCUGUCCUGGAGAAAAACACCAUGUUAGCAGAGUUAGUGGAGCAGCUGAAGAAGACCGGACUCCAAGCUGCUCCAGCUGAUCACUGCUAUGCUGGACCUGAAGAUGUGGUCUGUGAUGUCUGCACUGGGAGGAAAAGGAAAGCCUCCAAGUCCUGUCUGGUCUGUCUGGCCUCUUACUGUGAGAAACACCUCCAACCUCACCACGAUGCACCUCCAUUCAAGAAACACAAAUUGGAGGCGCCCUCCAAGAAGCUCCAGGAGAACAUCUGCUCUCGUCAUGAUGAGGUGAUGAAGAUUUUCUGUCGUACUGAUCAGCAGAUUAUCUGUUAUCUCUGCACAAUGGAUGAACAUAAAGGCCAUGAAACAGUCCCAGCUGCAGCAGAAAGGACUGAGAAGCAAAAGGAGGUGGAGGUGAUGCUACAAAACAUCCUGCAGGGAAUCCAGGAGAGAAAGAAAGAUGUGGAGCUGCUUAGACAGGAGCUGAAGGCCAUCAAAGACUCUGCUGAUAAAACAGUGAAGGACAGUAAGGAGAUCUUCACUGAGAUGAUCCGUCUCCUCCAGGAAAGAAGCUCUGAUAUGAUGCAGCCAGUCAGAUCCCAGCAGGAAACUGAAGAGAGUGUUGUCAAAGAUCUAAAGCAGGAGAUCAUUGAGCUGGAGAGAAAAGGCUCUGAGCUGAAGCAGCUCAUAAACACGGAGGAUCACAAUCAAUUUCUACAAAACUACCCCACACUACCACCACCCAGUGAGUCUACACACUCAUCCAGCAUCAAGAUUCGUCCCAGAGGGUAUUUUGCUGGCGUGAAAGCAGCUGUUAUAGGAGCCAGAGAGAAACUACAGGACAUUCUGAGAGAGACAUGGACAAACAUCUCAGUGACAGAAGGGGAUGUUUUACUGUCACAACCAGAGCCAAAGACCAGAGAUGAAUUCUUGAAAUAUUCACGUAAAAUCACACUGGAUCCAACCACAGCACACAAAUGGCUGUCAUUAUCUAAGGGAAACAGGAAAGUAACAAAAACGCCUGAUGAAAUAGAUGCAAUACCAUCUUAUUAUGAUCAUUCAAACAGAUUUGCUGGUUUUUGGCAGGUCCUGAGUAGAGAGAGUCUGACUGGACGUUGUUACUGGGAGGUGGAGUGGAGUGGAAAAAGAAUUGAAGUAGCAGUUGCAUACAAGGAUAUCAGCAGAACAAGGAGGGAAAGUGAAUUUGGAUUCAUUGACAAAUCUUGGUCAUUAUAUUGUUACACAAACCAUUUCCACUUUGUCCACAACAAUGUCACAAAAGACUUCUCAGGUCAUGUUUCCUCCAGAAUAGGAGUGUACCUGGAUCACAGAGCAGGUCUUCUUUCUUUCUACAGCGUCUCUGAAACCAUGACUCUCCUCCAUAGAGUCCGGACCACAUUCACUCAGCCUCUCUAUGCUGGACUUCGUCUUAGUUAUGGAGUCACUGCUGAGUUGAUUAAAAUCUGGACUAGUUUCACCUCUAGGAAACAGAAACUCACUCGGUCGUUGACACUUAGAGGAGAAAUGGAGCAGAAAGGAGUUCAUCUGGACAGAAAAACCUUCUCUUGUUCCAUCUGUCUGGAUCUACUGAAGGAUCCUGUGACUAUUCCCUGUGGACACAGCUACUGCAUGAACUGUAUUAAAAGCCACUGGGAUGGAGAAGACCAGAAAGGAAUCUACAGCUGCCCUCAGUGCAGGAAGACUUUCAUACCGAGGCCUGUCCUGGAGAAAAACACCAUGUUAGCAGAGUUAGUGGAGCAGCUGAAGAAGACUGGACUCCAAGCUGCUCCAGCUGAUCACUGCUAUGCUGGACCUGAAGAUGUGGCCUGUGAUGUCUGCACUGGGAGGAAGCUGAAAGCCUUCAAGUCCUGUCUGGUCUGUCUGGCCUCUUACUGUGAGAAACACCUCCAACCUCACUAUGAUGCAGCUCCAUUCAAGAAACACAAGCUGGUGGAGCCCUCCAAGAAGCUCCAGGAGAACAUCUGCUCUCGUCAUGAUGAGGUGAUGAAGGUUUUCUGCCGUACUGAUCAGCAAAGUAUCUGUUAUCUCUGUUUAAUGAAUGAACAUAAAGGCCAUGAAACAGUCCCAGUUGCAGCAGAAAGGACUGAGAAGCAGAAGGAGGUGGAGGUGAUGCUACAAAACAUCCUGCAGGGAAUCCAGGAGAGAAAGACAGACGUGGAGCUUUUGAGGAUAGAUACCUUUUCAAUGGAGACAGUGGAGGACAGCGAGGAGAUCUUCACUGAGAUGAUCCGUCUCCUCCAGAAAAGAAGCUCUGAUGUGGAGCAGCUGGUCAGAUCCCAGCAGGAAACUGAGGAGAGUCGAGUCAAAGAUGUUGAGGAGAAGCUGGAGCAGCAGAUCACUGAGCUGGAGAGGAAAGGCUCCGAGCUGAAGCAGCUCUUAAACACAGAGGAUCACAACCAGUUUCUACACAACUACCCCUCACUGCCACCACCCAGUGAGUCUACACACUCAUCCAGCAUCAAGAUUCGUCCUCUGAGGUACUUUAAGGACGUGAAAGCAGCUGUGACAGAGACCAGAGAGAAACUGCAGGACAUUCUGAGAGAGACAUGGACAAACAUCUCAGCAACAGUGACUGAAGUGGAUAUUUUACUGCCACAACCAGAGCCAAAGACCAGAGAUGAAUUCUUGAAAUAUUCACGUAAAAUCACACUGGAUCCAAACACAGCACACACACUGCUGUUAUUAUCUGAGGGAAACAGAAAAAUAACAAGAAUGUAUCAACCUCAGUCUUAUUCUGAUCAUCCAGACAGAUUCAUUGGUUAUUAUCCUCAGGUCCUGAGUAGAACUCGUCUGACUGGACGUUGUUACUGGGAGGUGGAGUGGAGAGGAGGAGAAAGAGUUAAUAUAGCAGUCGCAUACAAGAAUAUCAGCAGAACAAAAUAUAAAUGUGACUUUGGAUCCCACAAUGACAUAUCUUGGUCAUUACGUAGUGCAGGACGGUGUUAUAGAUUUUCACACAAAACCAUCCAAACACGCCUCUCAGGUCCUGCUUCCUCCAGAGUAGGAGUGUACCUGGAUCACAGAGCAGGUAUUCUCUCUUUCUACAGCGUCUCUGAAACCAUGAAUCUCAUCCACAGAGUCCAGGACACAUUCACUCAGCCUCUCUAUGCUGGACUUUGUCUUUUACAUGGCAGUGCUGAGUUGAUUAUCAGAGUUCAUAUCAGAGUCACUUCUAUCAAACAAGAACAGUCAUUCACACUGAGAGGAGAAAUGGAGCAGAAAGGAGUUCAUCUGGACAGAGAAACUUUCUCUUGUUCCAUCUGUCUGGAUCCACUGAAGGAUCCUGUGACUACUUCCUGUGGACACAGCUACUGCAUGAACUGUAUUAAAAGCCACUGGGAUGAAGAAGACCAGAAGAGAAUCUACAGCUGCCCUCAGUGCAGGAAGACUUUCAUACCGAGGCCUGUCCUGGAGAAAAACACCAUGUUAGCAGAGUUAGUGGAGCAGCUGAAGAAGACUGGACUCCAAGCUGCUCCAGCUGAUCACUGCUAUGCUGGACCUGAAGAUGUGGUCUGUGAUGUCUGCACUGGGAGGAAGCUGAAAGCCUUCAAGUCCUGUCUGGUCUGUCUGGCCUCUUACUGUGAGAAACACCUCCAACCUCACUAUGAUGUAGCUCCAUUCAAGAAACACAAGCUGGUGGAGCCCUCCAAGAAGCUCCAGGAGAACAUCUGCUCUCGUCAUGAUGAGGUGAUGAAGGUUUUCUGUCGUACUGAUCAGCAGAGUAUCUGUUAUCUCUGCUCUGUGGAUGAACAUAAAGGCCACGAAACAGUCUCAGCUGCAGCAGAAAGGACUGAGAAGCAGAAGGAGGUGGAGGUGAUGCUACAAAACAUCCUGCAGGGAAUCCAGGAAAGAAAGAAAGAUGUGGAGCUUUUGGGGAUAGAUACCUUUUCAAUGGAGACAGUGGAGGACAGCGAGGAGAUCUUCACUGAGAUGAUCCGUCUCCUCCAGAAAAGAAGCUCUGAUGUGGAGCAGCUGGUCAGAUCCCAGCAGGAAACUGAAGAGAGUCGAGUCAAAGAUGUUGAGGAGAAGCUGGAGCAGCAGAUCACUGAGCUGGAGAGGAAAGGCUCCGAGCUGAAGCAGCUCUUAAAGACAGAGGACCACAACCAGUUUCUACACAACUACCACUUACUGCCACCACCCAGUGAGUCUACACACUCAUCCAGCAUCAAGAUCUGUCCUCUGAGGUACUUUAAGGAUGUGAAAGCAGCUGUGACAGAAACCAGAGAGAAACUACAGGACAUUCUGAGAGAGACAUGGACAAACAUCUCAGUGACAGUGACUGAAGUGGAUGUUUUACUGUCACAACCAGAGCCAAAGACCAGAGAUGAAUUCUGGAAAUAUUCACGUCAAAUCACACUGGAUCCAAACACAGCAAACAUACUGCUGUUAUUAUCUGAGGGAAACAGAAAAGUAACAUCAAUGAAUCAACCUCAGUCUUAUUUUCAUCAUCCAGACAGAUUCACUGAUUAUUAUCAGGUCCUGAGUAGAGAGAGUCUGACUGGACGUUGUUACUGGGAAGUGGAGUGGAGAGGAGAAGGAGGAGUUGGUGUAGCAGUCGCAUACAAAAAUAUCAGGAGAGCAGGGGAGUUAUAUGAAUGUUGGUUUGGAUCCAAUGACAAAUCUUGGUCAUUUUAUUGCAGCACAAAUAGUAACAUAUUUUUCCACAACAAAGUCAGAACUGAUGUCUCAGGUCCUGUUUCCUCCAGAAUAGGAGUGUACCUGGAUCACAGAGCAGGUCUUCUGUCUUUCUACAGCGUCUCUGAAACCAUGACUCUCCUCCACAGAGUCCAGACCACAUUCACUCAGCCUCUCUAUGCUGGACUUCGUCCUAUUUUUCCAGGAUCCACUGCUGAGUUGAUUAAAGUGAAAUAGACAGAAGUCUCUUCAGGGACAGUUGGUUAAAAUGUGUCUUCUAGUCUCCAGGUGGUUUGGUCUCCAUGGUUGUAGCUGAGAGCUCAUUGUUGUGUCAUGUCUUCACUGCUCAGAGAUCAGCUGUAAAUCACCCUUUGUGGGCGGUACUUUGUCGUCUCCUGGUUUGUUGUUUGCUUGAUGUUGGACUGUGUUUGGGUUUUCUCCUUCCUGUGUCUGUUUAGCCACGGAGGCUCUCACUGCUCACCAUGACUUUGAUUCACAUAAACUGACAUUUGUCCACAUGACAAUCUGAACGUGUCUGUGCUCUGAACGUCUCAUCAACAUUUGUGUUGGUGUGUUUGUAUGUUGUUGUUCCUCUUCCACUGCAUGGGCCUCAACAGAGAAACCAGCAGACCUUCCUUUAUCACAGAGAUUUAGUUCUGACUUUGGAAAGAAAGACAUCUACAAUUCCAUUUCAGCGGAUGAAGAGACGACUUCAUGAGAACAAACUGAAAUUCACAAGAUAAAGUGAUCAAUAAUCAGUUUAGUUAUUGUUAAAUUAGUGAGUAUGAAUAAAGGUUAAGGAUUUUUACUUAUUCGUGUUUGUUCAUUUUGCUGUUGAUUUAUUUUUUCUUGAAUUUAUCUCAUCAUGUCGACAUGCUGGUUGAGGUCAUGGGUUUGCUUCAAUAUAACGAGUUUAUUCUGCUGCUAACACAUAUGCAUGGUUGGUCUAAAUGUGGGCAUUUACAAGUUUGUAACUAUUUCCAUCAUUGCUGGUGUUUGUGCUUCUUAUACUUUUUUGAAUAAUUAAUAAAGUGGACCAUGUUUAAACACCAUGGAGUUACAA